AUGGACCCAGACCAGCAGGUCGCGCGCCUAGAGAAGCUGAUCGUCCGCCUCGGCGGCUUCCCGGACCGCGAUUUGAUCCACCAGAUCACGGAGUGCGGUCGCUUGGGGCUCCGGACCGGCGGCCAGGCCCUGGCGGAGCGCAUGUGUGCCGCGAUCAUGGACGUGCUCGACGACGGAGAGAACGGCGCGACGGCCGCGGAGCGGCGCGUGCCGCUCUUCUACGCGCUGGACUCGGUCGUGAAGAACGUCGGGGACGUGUUCCAGCCCCUCCUGAGCGUGCGGGUCCGGGCCGCGUUCGGGCGCGCGUUCGCCGCGUGCGCGGAGAAGGACAAGACGCGCCUGCACCACGUGCUCCGGACCUGGAACGAAAAGAGCGCGGCGGCGGCGCGGACGCCGCCUUCCUCUUUUUCCCGCUCCGAUCCGACCGCGGGCGGGGGGCCGAUCGCGCCCGGCGCGCAGGCAUCUUCGCCGAGCACCUCGACGAACUCAACGCGCUCGUCGCGCCGUGGCACGCGGCUCUCGUGGCGCGCGCGUCGGCGGCCGACGCGGCGGCGGGCCCGGCCGCGGCGCGGGCCGCGCCGUCGCAGGCGCAGCUCGCCGCACAGAGGGUCGCGGACCGCGAGGAGGCGCGGCGCCGCGCCGCGCGCGUCGCGCCGCCGCCGCCGGCGACGGGACCGCCGACCGCGCGCGCGCCGGCGCCGCGCGCGCGCGCCGCCGCGCGCGCCGGCGCGCAGCUGGCGCCGCGGCGCCUCGCCGGCGGCGACGCCACGCUGGCCGGCGCGUCGGCCGCCGCGCGCGCGGCCGCGAGCCUCAUGACGCACGCGCAUCGGGCGACGGCCGGGCACGAGGUCGCGCUCCCGUCGUUCGCGCGCUUUCCCGCCGGCGGCGAGCCCCCCGCGAAGCGCGCGCGGUCCGCGGCGGCCGCGCCCGCCGGCGACGACGACCCGCUGACGGCGGCCGCGCGCGCGAAGCUGGACCAGCUCCAGCGCUCGCUCGGCGAAGCCAACCCCAUGACGCUCGAGGAGCUCAAGGCGUCCCAGCCCGAGAUCCACGCGAAACUCCUCGCCGAGGCCGCCGCGCGCGAUCCGCGUCCCUCGGAACGGUCUCCGUCGUCACGCGCCACCCGUCUCCGCGCGCAGGCCGAGAUCCGCACGGCCGCGCGCGCGCGCGCGCCGGGACGCCGCGCGAUCGCCGCCGCCGCGGCGCCCGCGCCCGCGGCGGCGCCCGACGGCGCGCCGGUCGGCCUCGGGGCCGACGUCGUCGCCGCGCUCGAGGCCGUCCGGCGCCACGGCGACGAUUUGAUCGGCGGCCUCGCGGCGCGCGGCGCCGCGUACCGCCGCGGCGAGGCGCCGACGCCGACGACGCCGGAGCUGUCGGCCGGCGCCCGCCGCGUCGCCGAGCAAUUCCGCGACGAGCUCGAAAAACGCCGCGCGGCGGACGACGACGCCAGAACCGCCCGGGCCCGGGCCCGCGCGCGCGCUUCGGCGGCGCCCGCCGACGCCCCGGAGCCGCGCGCCGCGGUCGACGGCGGCGACGUGGCGCGCGUCGGCGCCGUCGCCGCCGCGCAGCCGCGGUACGUCCCGCGGCCGACGCCGUCGAUGCCGGGGGUCUACGAGCUCUCGACGGAGGCGCUCGCGGCGGCGCCGAACGCCGGCGCCGUCGACGCGCUCUACGCGGCGUGGCCCGAACAGUGCUCCGCCGACGCGCGGCGCUUCAUGGACGCCGCGGCGCGCGACGCCUGGCUGGACGUCGUCUUCGCGCGGAACCAGGCGCGCGCCGAGCGCGCGCGCGGCGCGACGAGCCGGCCCUGGAACCCCGCGCGCGCGGCCUGGCUCGCGGACGGGACCGCCGAGGCGGCCGCCGCCCCGGACGACGCCCUGGCCCCGGACGCCGCCGACGGGACGGACGCCCUGGCCCCGGACGACGCCGACGACGGGUGCGCGCGCGUCGUCGUGCCCGACGACGCGGCGCCGACGCCCUGCCGCGUCUGCGGCGAGGCCUUCGACGUCGCCUGGGACGCGACCGCCGGCGAAUGGGUCCUCGCCGCCGCCGUCUCGGUGCCGGUCGACGACGGCACCGACGCCGUCGUGCACCGCGCGUGCCGCGACGCCGUCUGCGGCCGCGGCGGCACGCUCGAGGCCGCGGCGCUCGUCCCGGUCCCGUCGCCGCCGCCCGGACCGACGGCUCCCUAAAGUAGCGCGCUAGCCGCCCGCGCGCCUAAGCCCAGUACCGCCUUGGGCGGCCCGAGUUCGCGAGGGUCGUCUCACUAUCAAC